AUGCCUUCUCUCACGUCCGUCUGUUCUCCUCCGUUUCCGUCAGCCCUAACCCUAACGCCGUCCAUGGCCUCUUGUGAAGACGAUUUUCCCCUUCUCGACAACCACCAAAAUCCUGAUCCCAACCAAAGUUCCACCAACACCCAAACGCCGCCGUUUAGCGUCAAUCCUUACGAUCAAGACUCCGAUCUGUUUGAUUCCGAACCCGAUCCGAGUUCCCCACCCGGUAAACGCGCAGCCGAACGCGGUGACAUUAACAACGGCUUGUCGAAACGGAUGAGACUGCCCUCCGCCUCCUCUUCCGCCGGUGAUUACAGGAAGGACAGAGAAGAAUGGAGUGACACGGCCAUUGCGUGUUUGUUGGAGGCGUAUACUGACAAGUUUAUGCAGUUGAAUAGGGGAAAUUUGAGGGGAAAGGACUGGGAGGAGGUGGCGGCGACGGUUAGCGAGAGAUGCGAUAAGCAGAGCAAGAGCGUUGAUCAGUGCAAGAACAAGGUAGAUAAUUUGAAGAAACGAUACAAAUUGGAGAGGCAUCGGUUGAGCAACAUUGGCGUCUCGGCGAGUCACUGGCCUUGGUUCCAGCAGAUGGAGCUGAUUGUUGGGAACAGUAUAGCGGCCAAAGCUGCAGCGGAUGAGGAAAAGAACUCCGUCAGCGGUGGAUCCUCUAUAUCUACUAGGCAGCAAAAGAGACAUGCAACAGCAACUGCAAGUCCCAGUAGCCAGAUUGUGACCGUUAAGUCAAAACCAUCAACUAAUCUUAGGUGGCGAAGAGUAGUGUUCAAAAUUAGUGGUGCUGCUCUAGCUGGUACUGCUCCAAACAAUAUAGAUCCAAAGGUAGCCAUGCUGGUUGCAAGAGAAAUUUCAAUAGCUUGUCGCUAUGGUGUUGAGGUUGCCGUAGUUGUUGGUGGCCGUAAUUUCUUUUGUGGAGACACGUGGGUUACAUCCACUGGGUUGGAUAGGUGUACUGCAUAUCAAAUUGGAAUGAUGGCAACGGUGAUGAACUCAAUACUGCUACAGUCGGCUUUGGAGAAAUUGGGUGUGCAGACACGCGUGCAGAGUGCAUUAAAUAUGCUAGAAGUUGCUGAACCAUAUAGUAGACAACGAGCCAUCCGACAUCUUGAAAAAGGAAGAGUUGUAAUAUUUGGUGGUAUUGGAGCUGGGACAGGAAAUCCACUCUUUUCUACUGAUACAGCUGCAGCUCUUAGAGCAUCAGAAAUUCAUGCGGAUGCCGUCCUGAAAGGAACAAACAUGGACGGUUUUUUUAUUUGCAACCCUAGAAAUAACAAUAUUGCGGCAGAGCACAUUUCCUUCCGGGACUUGGCUUCUAGAGCUGCAUCUCCAAUGGACAUGAUGGCUAUGACAUACUGCGAGGAGAAUGGGAUUCCAGUUGUCGUCUUCAAUCUUCUUGAGCUGGGAAAUAUAUCAAGGGCAUUAUGUGGAGAACAGGUCGGUACACUGAUUGAUCAAACAGGGCCUAUUGGUUAG